AUGAAUGAUUUCAUGGAUCGUGUAUAUCAAUUAUAUCAUAUGCACUCAUCGUCAUUUCAUGUUACCACAAAAGACAUUAGAAGAUCUUCUAGAAUAGAAGCAAGCAAAAGAAGACCAUCUCAUCGAAGGACAAUGGGUGAUGGAAGUUACAGACGGCUUAGCAGGCGAAUAGAACAAUUGACUGGUGGAGGGUCUGGUGACACUAUGUUGGGAAUAGUAGAUAGCGUACUGGA